CCCCCAACAGCUGGCUUACCCCUUGGUGUUCUAAACUUGGCCAAAAUAAAACCGUAUCAGAGAGGCUUUUUCUGUAAUGAUGACAGCAUCAAGUAUCCGUUCCAUGACAGUACCAUCACAUCCACUGUCCUCUACACAGUGGGGUUCACCCUGCCCAUUUCGUCUAUAAUCCUAGGAGAGACUCUCUCUGUCUUUUAUAAUCAUUUGCACUCAAAUUCAUUUGUCAGAAAUAACUACAUAGCCACUAUUUACAAAGCCAUUGGGACCUUCAUUUUUGGAGCAGCUGCUAGCCAGUCAUUGACAGACAUUGCCAAGUACUCCAUUGGUAGACUGCGUCCUCACUUCCUUGCUGUGUGCCAGCCUGACUGGUCACGAAUCAACUGCAGUCUAGGUUACAUUGAGAACUUCACUUGUCAAGGAGACAAAGCAAAAAUCAAUGAGGGAAGACUAUCAUUUUACUCUGGCCAUUCUUCAUUCUCCAUGUACUGCAUGCUGUUCCUAGCACUUUACCUGCAGGCCAGAAUGAAAGGAGACUGGGCAAGACUUGUACGUCCUACUCUACAAUUUGGUCUUAUUGCCACUUCUAUCUAUGUGGGUCUCUCACGUGUUUCCGAUUACAAGCAUCAUUGGAGUGAUGUUUUAACGGGACUCAUUCAGGGAGCAGUGGUCGCUGUGCUCAUUGUUGUGUACGUGUCUGACUUCUUCAAAGUGAGAGGAUGUACAUUUCAACCAAAAGAAGAUUCCCAUACAACCCUACAUGAGACUCCAACAAAUGGAAAUCACUUUGGCAGCAAUCACCAACCAUGAAGAAUGACCCCAUCUUGCUCUCUGAAAGGAAAACAAUUUCACAAGUCUAACUAUGUAAUAUAAGUAAAAGCCUUUAAGGGACUGCUGCUGCUCUUGGAUGCUCACUUUACCUGUAUAUAGUAACAUCUAGCACAGUUAUUGUAUAUCUAAACUUUAAAUUUCUGUUGGUUCAAGCUCUUGCUUACAAGAAAAAAGCUAUUCAAAAUGUAAAUUUUUAUUGAAAACAUGGUAACAGUUAUAUUACAUACACUGCUGUUUGUACAUGCCUUGUUGAAACAACUGUGGAAUACACACCAUUAAAAGUAAUUACUUGAGAUGGAAA